CAGAAACAAGUUUGCAAAACUAUUAUUGUAAAUAUAAGUUUGCAAAAAUGGGCACCACAUAAUAUAUUCCACAUUACUCAUAAAGUCAAGUCUUUGCAUUUUGUCUUACUCUAGCUAGUAGCUAGUUAUAUCUUCCCAUUAGCUUUUCGUUUCUGAAUGUGAGAAAAAGUAAUAAUAAUUUGAGUUUUUAUUACUUUGGCAGAGAGAAAAGAUAUGAAGAUGAUGAUGAUGAGUACUGUUUCAUGUAUUCUCAAGUUAAUAUUUGUUUUGUUGCAGUUCAACCUUCUUUUCUCCAACUAUUCUGGAGCUGUUGCUGAUGCAAAACAUGUUGCUUCUCUUUCUGGUGGUUGCAUAGAGAACGAGAGACAUGCUCUCCUUGAGUUGAAGGCAAGCCUUGUGUUGGAUGGCACUCUGCGUUUGCCUACAUGGGACAGUAAGAGUCAUGAUUGCUGUGCAUGGGAAGGAAUCGUCUGUAGCAAUCAAACUAGACAUGUUGAAAGGCUGGAUCUAAAUGGCCAUCAGUUUGGUCAUUUUCUAGGCGAGAUCAACACAUCAUUGAUGGAGCUGCAACAUUUAAAGCAUUUGAACCUCAGUUAUAGUAUGUUUUCAAAUAGUAUUUUCCCAGAAUUUUUUGGUUCUCUAAGCAACUUGAGAUUCCUUGACCUCCGACAUUCAUUUAAUGGGAGUAAAAUUCCAAAUGAUCUUGCUCGUCUUUCACACUUGCAAUAUCUUGAUCUUUCAGACAAUUUCUUUGAGGGUACAAUCCCUCAUCAACUUGGAAAUCUCUCUCAUUUGCAGUACCUUGGUCUUAGUUUCAACAAUCUGGUUGGAACCAUUCCUCAUCAACUUGGAAGCCUUUCAAAUUUACAGGAGCUUCUUCUUGGACACACUUAUCUCAAUGUUGGAGGUAAGUGGCUUUCUAAUCUCACUCUUUUAACCCAUCUUGACUUGAGUGGCUUACCCAAUCUCAAUUCUUCUCAUGUCUGGCUGCAAAUGAUUGCUAAGCUUCCAAAAAUACAAGAAUUGGUGCUAUCUCGUUGUGAUCUUUCAGAUCUUUACCUUCUUUCUCUGUCCCCUUCACUAUUGAAUUUUUCUACUUCUCUUACAAUCCUUGAUCUUUCGUGGAAUACCUUCUCAUCAUCCAAAAUAUUUGAAUGGGUUUUUAAUUCCACCUCCAACUUAACUGAGCUUGAUCUUAGCUAUAACAUCUUCAAAGGCACCAUUGCAUAUAAUUUUGGUAACAUAAGAAAUCCUCUUGAAAGACUUGACUUGUCUGGUAAUGAACUAGAUGGUGGAAUUCUAGAAUCCAUUAGUGACAUAUGUAGCUUACAAUCACUGCACCUUGAUAAUAACAAUUUGAAGGAAGACAUUUCAACAAUUCUUCUCAAAUUGUCUGGUUGUGCUAGAUACUCGCUGCAAGAAUUGGAUUUAUCUUACAACCAAAUUACUGGCACAUUUCUAGACCUUUCAAUAUUCCCGUCACUAAUAACAAUUGACCUCUCAAUUAAUCUGUUAAGUGGGAAGGUGCUAGAUGGUGUCGGAUUUUUUCCAUCUAAAUUGGAGUCUUUGAUGUUUAAAUCAAACUCUUUAGAAGGAGGAAUUCCAAAAUCAUUUGGUAACCUAUGUUCAUUAAAGUCACUAGACCUGUCAUACAACAAGUUGAGUGAAGAUCUUUCAGUGAUACUUCAUAAUAUGUCUGUUGGGUGUGUCAAGUACUCACUGCAAGAGUUAGAUUUGUCUAGAAACCAAAUUAUUGGCACGGUACCUGACAUGUCAGGGUUCUCAUCUUUAGAAACUUUCGACUUAUCUUACAAUCUAUUAAACGGGACGGUAAAUAAUUAUACAUUCCCGUGUAAAUUAGAGAGUCUGCGCUUGGAAUUCAAUAAUUUACACGGUGUUGUCACUGAUUCUCAUUUUGUCAACGUGUCCAUGUUGACGUUAUUAAGCUUAAGUUCUAAUUCAUUGACUCUGAAAUUCAGUGAAAAUUGGGUACCACCUUUUCAAUUGCGUGUUGUACUUUUAAGUUCUUUAAUUAUAGGGCCUAGUUUUCCAAAAUGGUUGGAGAGUCAAAAACAACUUAUAAUUUUAGACAUUUCUAAUGCUGAAAUUUCAGAUGUAGUUCCAGUGGGGUUUUGGACUCGAACAACAAAUCUAGAGAUCAUGAAUAUUUCAUACAAUAAUCUCACUGGCACAAUCCCAAAUUUACCCAUAAGAUUUCAACCAUAUUGUCAAAUAAUUCUGGAAUCAAAUAAAUUUGAAGGUUCAAUUCCUCCAUUUUUUCGAAGUGCAGGACAGCUACAGUUGUCAAAAAAUAAAUUUUCAGAAAUUCGUUUGUUGUUAUGUACAAACACUACAAUUAAUAACGUUCUCCUAUUGGAUCUAUCAAAGAAUCAAUUAUCCACGCAGCUCCCUGAUUGUUGGAGUCAUUUUAAAGCAUUGCAAUUUCUAGAUUUGAGUGACAAUACUUUGUUUGGUGAAGUUCCAUCCUCAAUGGGAUCAUUAUCUAAACUUAAAGUAUUAAUAUUGCGCAACAAUAGCUUAGCAGGGAAGUUACCUGUCUCCUUGAAAAAUUGUACAAACCUGGUCAUGCUAGAUCUUGGAGAUAAUAGAUUAUUUGGACCAAUACCGUAUUGGUUAGGACAACAAUUGCAAAUGUUAAGCUUACGAAGGAACAAAUUCUAUGGAAGUCUACCACAUAGUAUUUGUAACUUAUCAAACAUUCAGUUGUUGGAUCUCUCAGAAAACAAUCUAUCGGGACAAUUACUCAUAUGCUUGAAGUAUCUUUUCGCAAUGUCUCACAACUCAACUAGUGCAGAACGACAAUUCAAGAAUAAUAAGCUCAUUUUGAGGAGCAUAGAUUUUUCAAGCAAUCAAUUGACAGGAAACAUUCCAAAAGAAAUGGGAAACUUGAUAGUAUUGGUGUCAUUGAAUUUAUCCAACAACUAUUUGAGUGGAGAAAUCACUUCAAAGAUUGGAAGGUUAACAUCACUUGAAUUUCUUGACUUGUCAAGAAACCAUUUCUAUGGUUUAAUUCCUCCUUCUCUAGCUCAAAUUGAUCGCUUGUCCAUGUUGAAUCUAUCGGAUAACAACCUGUCUGGAAGAAUUCCAAUUGGAACGCAGUUGCAGAGUUUCGAUGCGUCAAGUUAUGAAGGGAAUGCCGAUCUUUGUGGAAAACCACUUGACAAAAUAUGUCCAGGAGAUGAAGAAGUUGCACAUCAGAAACCAGAAACACAUGAAGAGAGUAGUCAUGGGGAUAAAAAGGCCCUUUAUUUGAGUGUGGCACUAGGAUUUAUCACAGGAUUUUGGGGACUUUGGGGAUCAUUGUUUCUUAGCCGGAAUUGGAGACAUAAAUAUGUCUUAUUCUUGAACAACAUAAUUGACACAAUGUAUGUGUUUAUAGUGCUGAAUGCAACUAAAUUUCGAGUGUGUCUUAGAGGUUUGCAGGAAAAGUUUGUCUAAGUAUCUACAAUUGAACCAUUUGCACCUUUGUUGAAGAAAAGUUGCAGAACUAGUAGCUUCUCUGAUCAGAUAGAAAUAAAGGAGUUCAAAGUUCUGUUAUAUAUCAAUAAUUUAAAUAAUCAAUUUGGGAAGCAUAUUUGCUGUGAUAUUAAUAUUUUUAUUCUGUAAAAUUACAUUUAUGUAAUGAUGCUACUCUUAGUCUUGCUUCACUUUUCUAGUAUGAUGUAUGAAUUUUAUUUUUCUCC